AUGGGUACUUCUUAUUUGUUGAAAAUGAUUUGUAUUAAGAAAUUUUAUUUGUUAACUUUACUUGUGAUAUGUUUUGAUUUAAUUUUUAAUAAUGAUUAUGCGAAUGGAAGUAUUUUACUAUUUAAUUCUAAUUUCCCUGGCAUGCAAAACUAUUUCCAAGGAAGAAUACUCUUUUCGCAAUGUUUUUUGAAUCUUUCUCUUAAAAGCAAUGUACCUGGUGAAAGAUCUAAUGAUGGGAGCUCUAGAUCGAGCUCAAAUACAGGUUCAAGGCCGAGUUCAGGGUCAAGUUCAAGGCCAAGUUCGAGGCCAAGUUCGAGGCCAAGUUCAGGGCCAAGUUCAAGGCCAAGUUCAAGGCCAAGUUCAGGGCCAAGUUCAGGGCCGAGUUCAAGGCCGAGUUCAAGGCCAAGCUCGAGGCCAAGUCCAAGGCCAAGCCCAAGGCCAAGCUCUAUUCCAAGGCCCAGAACGGUGGGGCAAGCGCACUCAACAGGACCUGCAGGGCCAGUAGGUUUUAAGGGAACAUCUUCUAGAAGUACAACUAAAGGUGGGCCAAAAACUACUAUUCAAAAACCCUCCCUUUCUAAAGAUUAUGAGGAAGAGGUUAAAGGGCUACAGAAUAUAGAUAUAAGCGAUGGUAAAAUGCUUAUGGUCUUAGUAACAUGUGAGGAGUUGCGAGAAUUACAGGAUUUAUUAUUAUUGUUAUUUGAAAUGUUUAUAGAAAUAUUUGAUGGUUUCAAUGAUCCAGACCUGCUUAAAAAAUGUCUGGAUAAAUUGCUUGAAAUACAAAAAAUUAAAAAUCUCAAAAAGUACCAAAUGAAUUUCGGUAUAUCACAAUUACUUAAGGCAAUUAAUAAAGUUUCAACUGCAUUAAAGUCUCGAAGCUCCUUGGAAUUUAAAUUACAAUAUACCCUUUUAAACACAAUUUCACAACAAGACAUUCUCUCUACUCUUAUUUCUCAAUGUAAUCAAGGAAGCGCUCAGUCCAUUUCAAUUCCUGCCUCUCAGUAUUCAGCUUUAAUUGCUUUACCUAAAGAACUUGAAUCUAAAAUUAAUGCUGUCACUUCAUUUAUUUCUUACAUGAAGUCCGUAAUUAAAAAUUAUUGUGAUGUAACUUUCACUUCGAACAUCGAAUAUCUAAUUUCCAAUAUGCAAAGAACAGUAACUUUCAAAAGUGACUCAUCUGUCUCGAAAACUAAAAGAGACUCUAGUAAAACAAGUUACAGAAAAACAACUGAAGGUAGAUCAUAUAUGGACCACACACUGAGUUCAAACGCAAAAAUCAAGAAAAAAUAUCAAAGCAAAUAUUAA